AUGCGUUUGGCUUUAUUGGGAAAGGACAAGCUAGGUUUUGUAGAAGGAACAUGUGUGAAGCGCUUAUACAAAGGAGAAUUAGCAGAUCUGUGGGAGCAAUGUAAUGUUAUAGUUCUCUCGUGGAUUGGGAGAUGUGUGUCGCAUGAGCUGUUGCCGAGCAUCGUCUAUGCGUCAAAUGCAGCGAAGCAACUUCUGGUACAAAUUCUAGUAGGAUUAAAUGAGACUUAUGCUCACGUUCGCAGUCAAAUUUUGUUAAAAACCCCUGUGUUAUCAGUAAAUGAAGCAUAUGCCUUAGUGAUACAAGAAAAAAACCAAAGGGCUCUUGGUGUAAUGGACAUGAAUAAGGAGCCAUUGACCAUGUUAGCUAGCAGAGGACAAAUGAUGAAAGGCAAAAGGUUUGGUGUAGUCUGUGAACACUGUGGGUAUAAGGGGCAUCAAAAGGAGAAUUGCUACAGAAUUAUGGGAUAUCCACCUAAUCUCAAGAGCAAAAGAAAGCCAAUGCAGGAGAAGGGUGCUGGUGGCUUCAAGACCUAUGCUAAUAAUGCAACAGUUGAAAGAAACAAUUCUGCUGAAGGGCACAGUUCUAUUGAGAGCCAGUCUCAAGGCCACUAUUUUACAGAGGAUGAGUAUAAGCAGCUUGUAGACAUGCUGAACAAAUCCUCAGCUGGUGAUUGCAAAGUUAACAUGGCAGGUCUUUACAGUGGAAAGGUGAUGGAGAUUGGUAGAGAAACAGAUGGUCUUUAUAUCCUUAGAGAAGCAAUAAAACCAGUAGCAGCAGCAGCAAUGAUAAAAGGGAACUAUAAUAUGGCAUUCAAGAACCAGUUUGGCAUGAAUGUUAAAGUACUAAAAUCUGACAAUGGUACAGAAUUCUUCAAUUCUAAAUGUAGUGCUUUAUUUUCUGCUCGUGGAAUAACUUAUCAAAGUAGUUGCCCAUACACACCACAACAAAAUGUCCUCAAAGGCAAGUCACCUUAUGAAAUACUUCUUGGAAAAGCACCAAAACUGGAACAUUUGAAGGUGUUAGGAUAUUUGUGUUAUGCUAGUGUUUUACCAAGAGAUGUUUCCUUCAGGGAAACUGUUUUUCCUUUCAAGGAAAGGAACUAUGGAGACAAUGAAGAUGGUGAUUCAUUCCUCUUGGAUCGAACUCCAACUGAGAGCAUGACUUCUGCUACACCAGAAGCAAGGCCUCAAACUACCAACUCAGAUAAUGGACAAGAUAAUGUGUCUAACACUUCUUCAGAAGGAACACAUUUGGAGAAUACAGCAGAUGUAGAGGAAAACCUAGCCAAUUCUGAGGCAAAUAUCAAUCCCAAUAGUACUGAUAACAUCUCAGAUUCUAGCAUGCCAGCUGAGAUGAGCCAACAACAGAUUGUCACAAUUGAACAAGAUGCAGGUGAGCAGACUAUUGACCAAAAUACAGGUGAGCAACUUGAAGAGUUAGCUGCAGGGAAUCAAUAUGAUAACCAAGAAUCAAACAAGGGUAGACCUACUAGAUUCUCUAAGCCUCCUAUAUGGCUAAAUGACUAUGUUACUGGGAAGAAAACUUCAGCCUUUUGUCAGGUUCCUAUUAAUGCUUAUAUAUCUUAUGAUUAUCUACCUGAAUCCUAUUUACAUUAG